UCAGUUAUCAUAGAGUCGCUAUACUGGUAAAGUCAAACAGCGGAGGACAAACACACACAGCAUGACACACACAAACACCACUUCAACAACAACUGCCUGACGGGACAGAGCUGAAACACACAUAUGCACACAAGUAAGAGGAGUUGAGGAGGCGCUUGCGGAACAAAACUGCGCUGUUGCCGUGGUUACCGCAGUACAAGAGAUAAACACUGCUUUAUUCUCCUUUAUACUGAGAUCUGACCAGAAUGAGCACUUCACAGGACAUAAUGGGACUCCUCCAGAACGUCUGGACCAAACUGCAGGCUCUUCCCCAAGACCACCCGCUCACCCAGGCGGCGUUUUCCAUCAUCGUGCUGUUCUUCUUGACGUUCCUCACUAUGGUUGUGGCCGGAUGUGUUUACGGCUGCUGUGGAUGCUGUUCUCCGGGAACCAAAAAGAGAGUCUCCACUGAAACAUGGGAACCCUGACGAGAGACACCGCAACGGGCCCAAAUAAAACCAGCAGUCGAUUCAAAGUUUUGAUUGUGACAUCGUCACACAUAAUGGGGAUAACACUGAGCCAGUGGAAGUGUCUGACGCUGUAAAUACACAACAUUCACAGCCAUGAAGAACAUCAGAAGAGCUUCAAACGCAGACACAAGCAUCCUGAGAAACAGGCUCAAUCCUUCAUUGUAACAUCACAAAUAAACACUAGACUCCAGACCUCUCUCACUCUCUCUCUCUUUACGGGAAUGAAGCCACUAUGAAUCCAGUGCCAAAGACUGACCUCUGGUGUUUGCACACAGAACUGCAGUAUUAUGAAAAGAGCUGAAGAAAGUAAAGGCGGAAGGUUUUACGAGUCUUCUAUAUUUUGUAUUCAGUCAGGAAGCAUCAAAACGACGUUUAUAACGUUACAACAGAUUUAUAUCUGCAAUUAUGCUCUUACAAAAUUACGUCUUUUAUUAAAAAAUGACCUUUUUAAACUUUCUGUGCAGCAAAGAAUCCUGAAGAAAAUGUAUCUUGAUUUCCACAAGAAUAUAAAGCAAAUGUAACGUUUUUAAUAAUAAUAAUA